UUCAAGCCAGCAAAACGUAAGUAGAUCUCGAAGUGGGAAGUCGUGUAUUGUCUUUAUUUAUAUUUUGUGUUUUGAGUUGAUGAUACAAAGUUUCCCGCACAUUACUACGGACCGUGUUUACGUUGCUUGGAUCUAGUUUGUCUCUGGAAUAAUGUUAGCUAGGAAGAUUCCCGCUUUCAAUAUACCUCUCACAGUUCGAGAGAAAGAUCCUUUCGAGAAAUUAUACAGAGUUGGCCCUCUGCUUGGAAAGGGAGGAUUUGGAGUAGUUUUUGCUGGAACUAGAAUCCGAGAUAAUGUUCCCGUUGCUAUCAAACAAGUUGAGAAGAAAAAAGUGACAGAUUGGGGUCAGCUGAAUGGCCAUGAGGUUCCUUUAGAGAUCUGUUUGUUAAAGAAGGUGAACCAUGUCAAGGGUGUUAUAAAGCUUCUGGACUAUUUUGAACGCCCCGAGCAUUUUAUCAUCAUCAUGGAACGUCCAGAACACGCCAAAGAUCUCUAUGACUUUAUCACAGAAAAAGUGUAUUUGGAUGAAAAAUUGUCGCGUGUGUUUUUCCAUCAAGUUGUGGAAUCUGUGAUCGAGUGUCACAAGGCUGGCAUUAUUCAUCGUGAUAUCAAAGAUGAGAACAUUCUUGUGGACAUGAAAAAUUUAACUCUCAGAUUAAUAGACUUUGGUUCUGGUGCAUUUUUAAAGGAUACCUUGUACACAGACUUUGAUGGUACAAGAGUUUACAGUCCACCUGAAUGGAUCAGAUGUCAGUGUUACAAUGGUCGUGCAGCUACUGUGUGGUCCCUCGGUAUUCUAUUAUAUGACAUGGUGUGUGGUGAUAUACCUUUUGAAGAAGAUGAAAAAAUCUUGAGGGCAGAUGUCAGAUUCAAGAAAUUUCUUUCACCUGAAUGCAGAGAUCUUAUCCAAAAGUGUCUAAGUAUCCGCCCAGCUGACAGGCCGACAUUAGAGGACAUCCUCCAACAUCCAUGGAUGACAAUGCCCCUUGAAAGCCUCCCAUCUCCCAGCAUUCCUGUACGACAUAGUACACGCAUCGAAGGCUCUCUAGAUUUGAACUCUUCCUCAGGGAGCAGCCAAGGAAGCAUAUGACUACAUUUGCAUAAACUAUUAAAUCUAUCAUAGGCAAAAAUUUCAUGGUUCCUAAACGGUGAAGAGGCUUGGCAACGCUUCGAGGCCGAGAGAGAGAGAAUGACCUAUUUAUUCGGGUUCCCACUUUUACCCCAUCUAUGUUUUAUUUAUUUAUUUAUUUUUACUCAUUGUCAUUGCAUGUGCACAGUUCUUGUGUGAAGUGUACUUAAAUAACAGCCAAAUGCAAUUUUACUGUUUUCAGCUUGGGCUAAUUGAGUCUCGUCAGAACCGCAACUUGAUAAUAACAAGAAUUAGACCUUGAUUGCAGUUUUUAGACACAAUAGAUAUAAAUUAUAUUAAGCAAUAUAUGUUGAUUGAAUUUUAAAACCAUAACUGACUUAAAAUCAGCCAUGAAAAUUAUUAAGCUGUAUAUUAAUAAUAAGAGAUGAUAAUAUAUUGAGAAUGAGCUAAUGCUCAUAAGAAGAAGAAUGCUCAUUACUUCAGUUUUAAUCGAUUUAAUACUGUAUUAUAUAUAGCUAGAUAAUGACAAUAGUGGACUUAUCUAUUAGGUGGUUCUGAUGCUCAUCUAUUUGACCUCCAGUCCAAUUCAUGGAUUUGAAAUGAUAACUUUUAAAUCCCGGUCAGCUGAAAACAUUCUCAGAAAUGUCAAAAUUUUUUAAAAACCAUCACUGUAUGAAGCAGUGUUAGAAUGAUUUCUUUCUGUCCGUUUUGAAUUUCCUCUAUUGAAGCCUCUUCCUUAAAAUUGCAUUUGGUACUAACUUACUGAACCUUCAAUAUUCACCUACUGUUAACUUGAAUAUUGCAAUGUGUUGAUGUAUUUAUUAUGGGAUGGCUGUCCCAAAAAAUCAUCUGCCAAAAGUUGUAUUCCAUGACUAAUUUAAUUUGACUAACCUGAUGAAGGCUGCGACCUUCGGGUUGUCGAAGAGGUUCCGAGUUCCUUUAACUGUAUGUUCAUAUUGUGAUGUCUCUAUUGACAACCACAAUUGCCAGCAUGUACGGAUACAUUCCAAAGAGUGAUUUGUUUGAUUCACUCGAGCUAAAUAAGUAUUUAUGAAACAGUGUCAUUGGAAACUAGAUGGAUUCCAUUGUUAUGUUAAGUCCCAGCUGUAAUGUGCUUACCACAGUGGCAGAUAUUUGGGGAACAUGUCAAUUGAAAACUUCUUUAUUUAAAGAAGUGAAUAUGAGAGAAAUUUAAAUUUAGUAUAAUUUUUAGACCUUUUAAUAUAAUAUUAAACUAUUAGUAACUCAAGCUAAAACUGCCAUUUACUAUAAAUUAUUCUAUCCAUAGUUUAUUACUAAAAUGAGGCUUUUAAUUGAAAAAGUAAUUUUUUUAAGAACUUGCUGUUUCUGAAAGGAGAUACGUAGAACAAAUGACAGUUCCCCAGUAGACUAAAUUAUUGAUUGCAUGCCACUGGCUUCUAUUUAUAUCUACUAAUGUCCUAAGUGGGAACCCUGCCUAUUUAUAAGUUGAAAGAAGCGACCACCACUGCCUAGCGGAAUGUGUCCAGCGACCUGUAAAGAGGUCCUUGGACCCCAAGGACUACUUAUUGAGACGAGUCAUUGUGUCUUGUGCUGUCUAUUUAUUACUGUAAAUAUGUACAUAGAGCGAGUGAGCUGCAAAGUUCCUUCUACAUAAAGUCUGUAUAUUUGCAUACUCUAAUUUAUUGCUGCGUGCGAGAGAAAAGCAGCUCAUUGGCCAAACACCCGAGACCGGUUCACGAAAGAGAUGCUGAUUUGUGUUUCUGUGCCUUUAUUGGGCCAGUUGUGCUGCAAAAGCAUUGCUUUUUUUGUACAUAGAUAAUUAUUAAUAACCAGAGGUAUUUUUCUAUGCAGGGAAAUUCCAAAAUAAACUAGAUGUAAAAACCUA